AUGGCGGACAUGUUACAGGCAGAACAAGCCCCUCAGCCGGCUCCCUCGUGGUCCGGGCUUCGAGACGCGCUGUCCUUCGCGCGUGGGUGCCCCCAGAAUAACUAUGACGGCUCCGAAGACUGCCUCUACCUCAAUGUCUAUGUGCCGGCUACUGCUAGUGGUCCUUACCCCGUCAUGGUCUAUAUCCACGGUGGCGCCUUCACCAGCGGUUUUUCCUUCAACGACACUCCACACUAUUUCGUGGAGAAGGGAGUUAUGUUGGUGACAACAACCUAUCGUCUCGGUGCCCUUGGCUUCCUGAGCCUGCAAAACGACGAUAUCCCAGGCAAUGCUGGCCUCAAAGACCAGGUGCUGGCGUUGCAGUGGGUGCAAAGCAACAUCGCCACCUUCGGUUGGGAUCCUAGCAGGGUCGCUACUUUAGGGGAAACCCAAGUGACCGAAGCAAAGAUCGCUGACAUGAAGGAGAACUUCACAAUGCUGAUCGGCUCCCAGCUGCCACUGCCCACGGAGGAACAGCGGGUUCGUGCGGCGGAGCAGCUGCAGCAAUUCUACUUUGCAGACGAAGGCUUCUCCACGGACGACAUGCAAGCUGUUAUUGAUGGCAAACAGUAUCUGUUUGGAAGCAACUCAUCGGAACCAGACACGGACCCCAAUUCCAACGAUGGGAAGGUGGCAGACCUGCUCACAACACUUUGGACCAACUUCCCCAAAUCUGUUAGACGAGCAGACGCUACUGAACGUGCUGUUGCACGUGCAGAUGACAUUCUAGUAGUUGUGUUUGCAGACUCCAGGGCGAGACUUGAAGCAAAGGCGAAUGAUGUGCUCUCUCAGAUGCAGCAUUGCUGCAAGGGCAACCAACUGACUAUUGAUGUUCAUAAAACCCGCACACAUCCUUCUGAAGAGAAAACUUUCUCUUGCCAAAGAGAGGCUUGA